GUGGUGUUUAUAUGUUGAACAAGCUACCGGAUAGAGUACUUACUAAUGAAAUGAUAAUAGUAAAUUUGGAUAGAGAUAGUGGAGUUGGAUCACAUUGGGUAGCCUAUCAUAAAAUAGCUGAUAAUGUUUACUAUUUUGAUCCUAUAGGGAAUUUACAGCCUCCGAAAAUGUUAGUAGAUUACUGGUGUAAACAAAAGAAUAUUAAUAUCUAUUAUAAUAUCGAUCAGGUACAAUCACAUACUUCGAAUAUAUGCGGACAUCUAUGUCUCUUGUUUCUUUGUAAUCAGUUAUAAGUGUUGAAUGCUGAGAGAAGGAUCUAUAAAAUGGUUGUUAUAACAUUAUCAUCAGAUACGAGUGAGCUUUAUGAAACUUUACCAGAAGUACUAGAACUUUCAAGCGAAACUGAAUGGGAGAUAGGCUUAAUAAAUUUGUGGACUUUCAACUCAAUACCUAAUGUAGAGAAAGGAAAGAAUUCUAGUUUCAAAUUCGGUGAUAAUCUAGUGAAACUGGAAACAGGAUCAUAUGAGAUUGAUACGAUUAUAGAAGCAUUAAAAGAAAAAUUAAACAUAAGCGAUGAAUCUAAUGAUUUAAAAAUUAUAGGUAAUAACAAUACAUUAAAAACAGAAAUAUAUUCGAGUAAAGCAAUUGAUUUAAGCCAGCAAGAUUCUAUUGCACCGAUAUUAGGUUUUGAUAGAGAAAUUUUAGUGCCGAAUGUUUGGCAUUACUCGAAAAAUCAAGUAUCAAUAUCAAAUAUUUCCUCAAUUAUAGUUUCAUGUAAUCUAGUGUGUAGUACAUAUGCUAACGGGAAAGAAACACAUAGUUUAUAUGAAUUCCUACCAAAGGUGCCACCAGGUUAUCUGAUCAAUGAAACACCGAAUCCGAUAAUUUAUGUAAGCUUAUGUACACAUAAAUUUCAAACCAUUAGCGUAAAGAUCACUGACCAGAACGGUAGUUUAUUAGAUUUUAGAGGUGAUAGAAUAACAGUGAGAUUACAUAUACGUAAAAAACAGUAUUAACAUGGGCUUUAUUGUUUACAAUUCGCAAGCAUAUUCUAAAUAUAGACCUGUAAAUCAGACUGGAUUGAAAAGACAAAAUAUGAAACCGAUUAAAUGGAAUGUACCUAAAAAGAGGAAAAAGUUAAUGUAUAGGUACAAUGGUGGAGACUUGAUUAGUAAGAGUUCAUACUCUGUGCCGUUAACAUCGAAAAACGCACGCAUUUUAGAGAGAUUAGGAUUUCGUGUUAAUUAUAAUUUUGUCAAUGGCAGCAAUAAGUGAGAUACUAGAUGUAGAAAGUGAUGUACACUACUAUAAUGAUAUUAUAAAUUUUGAGUAUCAUACACAUGGACCGUAUGCAAAUCAAAAACUUGAACGCUCAGAUGAGGUGAGAAUUCCUAUAAAUUCUAUGGAUCACUACUGUCUUCCAUGUCGUUCGUUUCUGUUAAUUGAAGGUCAAGUUGAUUGUAGAAGGGAUGUGAAAGAUGAUAAGUCAGAUGUUGUGACUGAGACGACAGCAACAUAUAAAUUAAUAAGUAAUGCAAUGAGUUAUUUGUUUGAUGAAAUCAGAUAUGAGCUUGCAGGUACAUCUAUAGCUAAAUCAAGAUUGGUUGGUAUAACUUCAACAAUAAAAGCAUUAUUGUUGAAAAAUUCAUUUGAUAAGAAUAUUUUCCAUUUAGCAGGAUUUGAUCAUGAUGGGUAUACAUUAACUGAUAAUAAAUUCAGCUUUUGUAUACCACUAAAACUAAUUCUUCCAUUUUUUGAAGAUUUCAAACAUGUAAUAUUGAAUUUGAAACAAGAACUUGUACUACUUAGAUCAUCGUCAGAUAUAAAUUGUAUUGAAUCAGCAAAUGGAAAGAAAGUUUCAAUAACUUUGACUAAGCUAGUAUGGAAGAUGCCAUAUAUUGAACUAGAAAAUCAUAGAAGACUAAAAUUUUUGAAAAUACUUGAUGCAGAUAGACCAUUAAAAUUAGCUUUCAGGAAAUGGGAAAUUCAUGAAUAUCCAGUUCUCCCAUUAUCAAAAGAACACAGCUGGACGAUACGAACCACUUCUAUAGCUGACAUUCCAAAAUAUGUGAUUUUAGCAUUUCAAACAAAUAGGAAAUUAAUAAUGAAAGCUAAUAUGGCGAAAUUUGAUUUUUGUCAACUUCAUAAUGUUAAACUUUAUUUGAACUCUCAGUAUUAUCCCUAUGAUCAUUUUUUGGGUAGUAAAGAGUUAAUGUAUAAAACAUUUCUAGAUUUUGCAGUAUCGUACUAUAAUUUACCGGUAAAUGCUGAAUAUGGAAAUGCAGUUGAUUUUAAUACGUUUAAGAGUGAAACACCAAUUUUUGUAAUAGAUUGUUCACAUCAAUCAGAUCACUUGAAGGUAUCGACUGAUGUUAGAGUAGAAAUUGAAUUUGAAAAGGCUGUACCAAAUUUGACAACAGCAUAUUGUAUUCUUGUAAGUGAUACAUUAAUAGAAUAUAAACCGCUAACAUCACUUGUAAGAGAAGUGCAAUAGGUUUCUAAUAGUAUGUAUAGGUUUGUCAACUUCGCAACAGAGUGCGCGUAAAUCAGUAAAUAAGUUUAAGUUUGAAGGUUAGUAAGUAGUUGCUCGCGAGACGUGGUGAUACACACACCAUUGAUUCAUCGUCAACAGCAUUAUUCUUGAGGCUACUGCAGAAGAUGGAAGAACUAGUUAAGAUCAAGGAGGAAGAAGAGGGUGAUAUUUAUGAUAGACUUUCAGCUUACUAUACCGGUACUAAUA